CAGGCAGUAUAAAGGCAAACCAUCCCAGCCAUCGCCAUCUGACCGUGACUCUCAGUGCCACCAUGCUGGCCUCAGGGCUGCUUCUGGUGGUUCUGCUGGCCUGUCUCACUACUACAACGGUCUUGAUGUCCAUCUGGCGGCAAAGGAAGCUCUGGGGAAAGCUGCCUCCCGGCCCACCCCCGUUGCCGUUCAUCGGGAACUACCUGCAGCUGAACACGGAGCGGAUGGUCGACUCCCUCAUGAAGAUCAGCGAGCGCUACGGCCCAGUGUUCACGGUCCACCUGGGCCCGCGGCGGAUCGUGGUGCUGUGCGGCCACGAGGCUGUGAAGGAGGCUCUGGUGGACCACGCGGAGGAAUUCAGUGGGCGAGGCGAUCAGGCCACCUUUAACUGGCUCUUCCAUAGCUAUGGCGUGAUGUUCAGCAACGGGGAGCGCUCCAAGCAGCUCCGGCGCUUCUCCAUCAUCACGCUGCGGGACUUCGGCGUGGGCAAGCGCAGCAUCGAAGAGCGCAUCCAGGAGGAGGCGCGCUUCCUCCUCGAGGCCUUUCGGGAGACGCGCGGCGCCUUCAUAGAUCCCACCUUCUUCCUGAGCCGAGCAGUCUCCAAUGUCAUCAGCUCCAUUGUCUUUGGGGACCGCUUUGACUAUGAGGACAAAGAGUUCCUGUCACUGCUACGCAUGAUGCUGGGAAGCUUCCAAUUCACAGCUACAUCUACAGGGCAGCUAUAUGAGAUGUUCUACUCGGUGAUGAAACACCUGCCAGGGCCACACCAACAGGCAUUUAAGGAGCUUAAGGGGCUGGAGAGCUUUAUAGCCAAGAAGGUGGAGCAGAACCAACGCACGCUGGAUCCCAACUCCCCGCGGGACUUUAUUGACUCCUUCCUCAUCCACAUGCAGCAGGAACAGAAGAACCCCAACACAGAGUUCUCCUUGAGGAACCUGGUAAUGACCACACUGAACCUUUUCUUUGCUGGCACCGAGUCGGUCAGCACGACCCUGCGUUAUGGCUUCCUGUUGCUCAUGAAGCACCGAGACGUGGCAGCCAAGGUCCAUGAAGAGAUUGACCGGGUGAUUGGCAAGAACCGUCAGCCCAAGUUUGAAGACCGGGCCAACAUGCCCUACACGGAGGCAGUAAUCCACGAGAUCCAAAGAUUUGCAGAUGCGAUCCCCAUGGGCCUGGCCCGUAGAAUCACCAAGGACACCAAGUUUCGGAACUUCCUAAUCCCCAAGGGCACCGAGGUGUAUCCGAUGCUGGGCUCCGUGCUGAGGGACCCCAAGUUUUUCGCCAACCCUCGAGAUUUCAACCCCCAGCACUUCCUAGAUGAGAAGGGGCAGUUUAAGAAGAACGAUGCUUUUGUGCCCUUCUCCAUCGGAAAGCGGUACUGCUUCGGAGAAGGCCUGGCUAGAAUGGAGCUCUUUCUCUUCCUCGCCACCAUCAUGCAGAACUUCCACUUCAAGUCCCCGCAGUCACCCCAGAACAUCAACGUGUCCCCCAAACAUGUGGGCUUUGCCACCAUCCCACCAAACUACACUAUGAGCUUCCUGCCCCGCUGAGCUGCCGCUGCGACUGGAGCGCACCUGCACCUGUGCAGGGCUGUGGAGGAGCAAACAGGGACGUGGGGUGGCCUGGGUGGGGCUCGCGGGAGGGGCAGGGCUACGAGCGGUAGCCUCAGGGCUGGAGGAAAGGAAGGUGCAAGGUGGACAGGAGAGAGGGGCUGUCUGUCUACCUUGCUGGAGAUGGAGCCUUCAGGGCUGGGAUGAAGGGAAGGGAAACCUUACACCGUACUAUGAGUGAUAAUAAAAACAACAGCUAUUGUUUAUGAA